GCAAAGCAAAAAAGCCCAACCCGUUUAUUUCAUUUAGAGGCAAAUUCUUUCCUUUUACCUUCCAUUUCUCAUUCUUCUUUCUAGGGCAGAAGCCGCCGGUGGGUAAUUUCGAUACAGGGGUUUUCAGCUAUGGCGCCUAAAGCUGACAACACCAAAAAGGGUGAUCCUAAAGCUCAAGCCCUGAAGACUGCCAAGGCAGUCAAGUCUGGGCCAACUUUCAAGAAGGCUAAAAAAAUCAGAACGUCGGUCACAUUCCAUCGCCCCAAGACAUUGAAGAAAGAAAGGAAUCCCAAGUAUCCUCGAAUCAGUGUGACUCCUAGGAACAAGUUGGAUCAAUAUCAAAUUCUUAAAUAUCCACUGACCACUGAGUCUGCGAUGAAGAAGAUUGAGGAUAAUAACACCCUUGUUUUUAUUGUCGAUAUUCGUGCUGACAAGAAAAAGAUUAAAGAUGCUGUGAAGAAGAUGUAUGACAUCCAGACCAAGAAAGUGAACACUCUAAUCAGGCCUGAUGGAACAAAGAAGGCAUACGUUAGGUUAACCCCAGACUACGAUGCUUUGGAUGUGGCGAACAAGAUUGGAGUUAUCUAAACUGCCUAGGCAAUUGUUUUCAUUUCCAUGGCGACAAUUUUGUUUAGAUAUAUUUGAGUGCAUCUUGUCUGAAUCCUAAGGUUUUUAACUGUGUUUUUAUAUAACAUAUUGGUCUAGCUAGCUCUGGUUGACUGAGUUCAAAACACUUAUGGAAUGUGUUCGAAUAUUUGUAUUAGUUGGCCUCAAACACCUUUGUCAUACUUCUGAAUUCUGUUCAUAAUUUCUUCUCAAUGUAGCACAACUAGAUCAAGUCAAUCUCUAAAACAGUCAAUGAUUGUGUUA